AAUGCCGGGCGGCAAUAAGCUAAGAAAAAAUAGAGCGCUUAUUUUACAGUUAACUUAUCGAUCUAUCUAUCCAUGUCGCCUAAAGUAGUAGGGAUUCUGGGAGGAGGACAGCUUGGGCGAAUGCUAGCGGCUUCUGCGUCGUUGUUAAAUAUCCCUGUGGUUGUUCUGGACGUUGGCGUCGACGCACCAGCAAAGCAAAUCAUUGCAUCCUCAUCACAUAUUGAUGGUUCUUUUAGAGAUAAGGAAAAGAUCGCGGAAUUGGCAUCAAGAGUAGAUGUCCUCACAGUUGAGAUCGAGCAUGUCGACGUCGAGGCACUAGAAACGGUACAGGAAAGCCAUCCAAAUGUAUCCAUUCAUCCAUCUCCCUCGACCAUUCGGCUUAUUCAAGAUAAAUUCUCUCAAAAAGAACAUCUUUCCAGCGUUGGUUGUCCUUUAGGCCCUUUCCAAGCCGUGGACGCUACGCCGGAGGCGAUCACUCAAGCAGCAAAAGAGCUAGGUCUUCCCUUGAUGCUGAAAAGUCGAACAAUGGCAUACGACGGAAGAGGGAACUACCUCUUACGUUCUCUCGACUCUGAAUCUAUUGCAACUGCUAUAAAGUUUCUUGGUUCCGGAUCAAGGAAACUAUACGCGGAAAAAUGGGUUCCAUUCGUGAAAGAACUCGCAGUGAUGGUGGUUCGCGGUCUUGAUGAGACUGUUGCUAGCUACCCAGCUGUGGAGACCAUUCAUAGAGAUAAUAUUUGUCAUUUGGUUUGGGCUCCGUUUAGGCUUAGUGACAUCGAUCAAGACCCUGCAUUACCGACGAAAGCAGAGCGAGUGGCGAGGGAAGCUGUUGAAAAGGCGUUCAAGGGCGCUGGUGUUUUUGGUGUGGAGAUGUUUUUGUUGAAUAAUGGUGAAAUCCUUAUCAACGAAAUCGCACCACGCCCACAUAACUCGGGCCACUACACCAUCGAGGCCUGCGAGUCGUCUCAGUACGACAAUCAUCUCCGUGCAAUCCUAGGGCUACCUCUUGGCAGCACACGUAUAAAGGUCGGAGCUGCAGGGAUGCUGAAUAUACUUGGUUCGUCCGACGGACAAUCGUCCAAGAUAUCUGAAUCGUCUUCCCCAUCCUCAUCGUCCUUCGCCGACGACUUAUUGAUUGACAAACUUACCCAUAUUGCCCUGUCUACACCGGGUGCAUCCCCACACCUCUACGGAAAAGCACAGUCGCGGAAAGGACGGAAGAUGGGACAUAUCACAAUUGUAGGCACGAGUGAUGCAGAAGUGAGGGAAAGGAUGGCACCUCUUCUUAGCUGUUUAUCCGAAUUCGAGGGAGACGUUCAAGGCGACCAAGCCUCUUCCCCCGAUCCUCCUCAUCUUCUCGGAUACUCUCACCCACAUCCCGUUAUAUCCAUCAUAAUGGGUUCCGACUCGGAUCUGCCUGUUCUCCUUCCUGCUGCACAGAUCCUCACAAAACAUUUUCCUUCUAUUCCUUUCGAAGUCACACUAGUUUCCGCACAUCGUACUCCUUUGCGAUUAGUGAAUUUUGCGAAAAGCGCGGCGGGAAGAGGGGUGAAAGUGAUUAUAGCCGGUGCGGGGGGAGCAGCGCAUUUACCGGGCAUGGUGGCAAGUCUCACGGGUGUUCCGGUUGUUGGUGUACCGGUAGACUCGAAAUCGGUGAGUGGAAGCGGGGGAGGGUUAGGAGGGGUGGAUGCGAUGUGGAGUAUUCUGCAGAUGCCGCGCGGAAUCCCUGUAGCCACCGUUGCUAUUAACAAUUCAACGAACGCUGCUCUUCUCGCGGUACGCAUUAUUUCCGCUGGCAAACCUCAACUGGUUAUCCAAAUGGAAGAGUAUUUGCGGAGACUAGGCGAAGAAGUGGAAACGAAGGUUGAUGUGAUGAACAGGGUUGGGUGGGCUGGAUAUAAGUAGACAUCAAACUUACAGAUGUGUAGGUAACCUUGUAUGAUAGUCGCGCCUCCUCCUGCACUAUUAUGAAUCUUGUUUCUUCUACG